CCACAGGUAGACUCGGGACGGGUAGGGUCACCGGAUCGACGCACCGGUCCGAGUUUAGAAAUCGCUAGGGGCUGGUUACUUACCACAAAGUAAAGCUCAAAGCUGCUGCAUAUAAAAAACGAUAACCCUUACUCACCAUUGCUGCCGAAACGUGACAGCGAACAGCAGGAGGUAAUCCUAGUGGUGCACUUUCUCCCUCUUCUUUGCUUGGUUUUUCAUAACUUUGGGAAUCAGAGGUACCCACUUUAUAGUUUCUCUCUCAUCCUUGUUUGUUUUUCUUAUCGCAAGAAACUCUGUUUAGUAACACACAUUCUCUUUCAAGCUCAUUUGAAUCUUGGAGAGCUAACACAGUCUGACGAUAUUUGUUGCUAGAUUUUCGCUAAUCCUUGUUGGGCCUUUCCAAAACUUGAUUUAACAAUGUUAAUGUACAGUUUCUCGAUCAUCGUUGCUUGAUUUUUCCAUAACUUGGGUAACCAGUGAUCCUAGCACACAGACUCUCUUUCUCAUCUCUGGUUUUAGUUUUGUAUAACUUGGAGUCGUCGUUCACAUAAAAACCUGGCAUCGACAAUGGGGAAGAGCGCAAAGGAUGAUACUGAUUCAUCUGAUAUAUUCAAAACCCUUUUUGGAAGCUCAGAGCAAGGUGGCCUUUCCCUGUUUUCUGAUAACCCCUUUCGAAGGAAAUCGAAUUCUGGUUUUGUUGAAUUUGAUAAUCAAAACCAACCCAAUAAUGGUGAUAAGCGUAAACUAUCUCAAAUUAGUGAAGAUGAUAUUGCUGAUGUGGAGAAAAAGAAGAAGAAGAAGGAUAAGGGCGAUAAACCCAAAUUCGAUCAAAUUGGGGCUCAAGUUUUUGAUGAAGAAUCUACACAAGUAAAAGAGUUGGAGAAUAAUGUUAGUGAAGAGAAUGAUGGUACUACGCUGAAAAAGAAGAAGAAGAGAGAGAAGAGACUUGAUGAAUCUACACAAGUAAAAGAGUUGGAGAAUAAUGUUAGUGAAGAGAAUGACCGUACUACUACGAAAAAGAAGAAGAAGAGAGAGAAGAUUGAUGAAGUUAUUGAAACCAUGAUGAAGGAGAAGAAGAGAGAGAAAGCUGAUGAAGUCGUAGAAACUAAAAAGAAGAGUAAGAAACCAGUCGUGAUUGAAGAGGAGUACAAGAAAAGACAUUUUGGAGAGCUUCAUAAAACUACAGGGAAAAAAGAGGACGAAGAAGGUGGUGUUAAGGCUGGCAAGAAAAGUAUUGCAUUGAAGGAUAAAUCAUCCCAAUCCAGUAUUCUGGAGGGAUCUAAUGAAGAUGGUAGUAAAGUGGAUGAGAAGAGGAAAGCAAUGAAGGGUGAUAAAUCCACAGAUCCCGCUGUUUCGAAGGAAUCAUUUGAUGACAAUGAUAAGCUUCAGAGGACUGUUUUUGUUGGGAACUUACCAUUGAAGUUGAAGAAGAAAGCUCUUUUGAAAGAAUUCUCUCAGUUUGGGGAGGUGGAAUCAGUUAGAAUUCGUUCUGUGCCAUUAGUAGAUAGCAAGCUACCUAGAAAGAGUGCAAUACUCAAGGGGAAGAUUAAUGAUGCCGUUGAUAGUGUCCAUGCGUACAUUGUUUUCAAAGAUGAGCAAUCAGCAAAGGCUGCCUUGUCACAUAACAUGGCAAAGGUAGGAGACAAUCACAUUCGUGUGGAUAAGGCGUGCCCUCCUCGUGGUAAACUGGAAGGACAGAAUCCCUCCGUUUAUGAUAACAGAAGAACUGUUUUUGUUGGCAAUCUUCCUUUUGAUGUGAAGGAUGAGGAAUUGUAUGAGUUGUUUUCUGGGAUCAAACAACUGGAAUCCAGUUUGGAAGCCGUGCGAGUUGUUAGAGAUCCCCACUUAAGUGUGGGAAAAGGCAUUGCCUAUGUCAUGUUUAAAACAUUUGAUGCGGCUAAGAUGGCCAUAAAGAGAAAAAAUUACAUGCUGAGGAAUCGUAGCCUGAGGGUUUACCAUGCACGACCCGAAUCAAAUCUCAAGAAGCAAGAAAAUAAUCCAAGACAGAUUCAUAACAACUCAGACAUGAGAAGGUCAAAGGUCUCUGGUGAUGAGCCCCCUGAUGGAGAGAAGAAGAAAGAUAAAAAGGAAAAGGCUGCCUCUCUCUCCUACCAAGGUCUUCGUGCAAGCCAAUCAGACCGCCCUCCUCGAAAAACUCCCAUUUCUUUGCCUGAAUCUAUUAAAUUGAAGACACCCAACUCAAAGAAAAUGGCAGCAAAGGAACCAAAACUGCGGCAAUUCAAAAGACCAGCAGUUGCAGCAAGAAAAGCAAAGCAAUUGCAUGAACUGGGAAAGAGAAAAGCAGAAAGGAACAACAAGCCGCUUAAAUAUUAGAAAACAAGGAAAUCUCGGUGAAUGUUGUUUGGUAAUAUUCUUUUGAUGUUCUUGGCGGAUACAUUAACUGUUUCUUGACGUCGGGUAUGCUUCAAUUAUGUGUCCUUUUGUUGUUUUGUAAUGUAAUAUUAAAAAAGAAGUAAUUGAGAGCAAUAGAAAAAUAAGACAAAUCAUUUGUC